AAUAUUUUUGCUCUUGGUCAUGGUCUUGGUGGUUCUCUCAGCUUUCUUAGAAUAAUAGAAAUAAUAAGAUGGGAAAUGGAGAAGAAACUGAUCGACAGAAAACUAGAAAACGCAAUCGACCUUUCCCUGAAGACUCUUUUUCAGUUUUUCUCUGUGGGAAUCCAUUCUUUCUCUUCGCCUCCAAGUAUACCUCCACAAAUUUCCUUCUCUCUUUGUCUCUCUCUCUCGUUAUUUCAUUCCCUCUUUUCUUCCCGUUUGCUCCCUCCCUUUGAUAAUCUGGUCUUCCGAAGGCCAUAUUUGUUGGCUCCAGUUUGGUCCAUUGCGUCAGCUUUGUUGGCUGAAUGCGCGGGGCAGAAUAGAAGAUCGUUCUAAGGGGAACAACUUUGUGCGAGAAUGGGUUGUUUCGGGUUCUUGAAGACAAGGACGAAGAGCAGGAAGGGGCACGGGAAGUCCGGAUCCGAAGCCCUAACUGUUUCCACGGCGACAACUUCGUCUUCCACUUAUGAAACUAGCCGGUCAUCUGAUUCGGCCGGCGGUAAGCAGACGAGCAAAUCCUCAGCUUCGACUUCGUCGCAGCCGAGCAUCGCGGCCAUGUUCGAGGAGAAAAGUGGCGUUCUCCGCGUUUUCGAGCUAGCCGAGCUGCGAAGUGCUACUAAUGAUUUCAGUCAGACGCUUAAGAUCGGAGAAGGAGGGUUUGGGAGCGUUUAUAAAGGAUUCAUUAAGCCUUUGGAUGAGAAGAGUGGUAGGAUUACGGUGGCCGUGAAGGCUCUUAAUCAGAGAAGUUUGCAGGGACAUAAAGAGUGGUUGGCUGAAGUUCGAUUUUUAGGAGUCCUUGAGCACCCAAAUCUUGUGAAACUCAUAGGAUACUGUUCUGAUGAUGGUGAAAGAGGGAUACAAAGGCUAUUGGUUUAUGAGUACAUGCUUAAUAAGAGUUUAGAAUACCAUCUUUUCAACAGAGCUUCCCCUCCCCUUCCCUGGAAUUUACGGUUAAAGAUUGCUUUGGGAGCUGCAGAAGGCUUGGCUUUCCUGCAUGAAGGUUUAGAACUACAGGUUAUUUACAGGGACUUUAAAACAUCAAAUGUCUUGUUAGAUGGUGAUUUUAACCCUAAACUGUCUGAUUUUGGUCUUGCCAGGGAAGGCCCUGCAGGUGACAAAACUCAUGUGUCCACAGCGGCGGUCGGCACCUACGGCUACGCUGCACCGGACUACAUCGAAACCGGCCAUCUUACAACCAAGAGCGACGUAUGGAGCUUCGGCGUCGUCCUCUACGAACUCCUCACCGGCCGCCGCUCCCUCGACCGAAACCGCCCGACGAACGAGCAUAAGCUCUUGGAUUGGGUCAAACAGUUCCCGAUCGAGAGCAAGAGAUUCAACAUGAUUAUGGAUCCCAGGCUGAGGUAUCAGUAUUCUCUAAAAUCUGCGAGAGUGGUUGCGAACCUGGCGAAUGGCUGCCUUGUGAAGCAGGCGAAGGAGAGGCCGAAGAUGAGCGAGGUUGUGAGGAUGUUGAAGGUGGCGUUGGACAUGAGCGAGAUGGCGGCGAGCGGGAAGGCGGAGGGCAAAGGGGAGAGCAGUGGUGUGGUUGCGGCUGAUUUGGAGAAGGGGAAGAGAGCUGAUUUGCCUUCGGCUGGUUGAGGCGAGCAGAUUCAGGAAGAUGAGCUUUGAUUUUGAAAUGAAUUUUUUUUUCUUAAUUGAGUUAUAGUAAAUGAGAGAAUUUGAUGGAGUCCAUGUUUUAUAUAUUCGUUUGUUAUUGCUGUAUUUAAUAUGGAUUUAGGAGAUGGUAUUUUUUGAACAUUUUUAUGUAUAAUUGUUUUUUAACUGUGUAGAUGCUUACU